AUGAACCUGACCCUGACCGCCGCCGCGCCGCUUGACGGCUCGGGCGUCGCCCCCGGCUCCAAGUUCGCCAGCACUGGCCUCUGGAAGUGCCCCGGCCGCGACUUGCGCUACCAGUGCCACCUCUGGCCGUCAGAGGCGCCCUGGAUAGCCCCCUUCCACCAGUCCUGCAGCAUCACAGAGGUCAUGCAGUUCGACCCCAUCGGCGGGACCGACCUUGCUGACAUCACCGCCUCCACCGCCGCCGCCCUGGUCACGUGGGCGGACGGCCGCGAGUAUCUGGCGUUCUACCUCGACUGCGCCGCCUGGAGCCCGGCCUGCCCGCCGCUGGGGCGCAUGGCUGUCGCCUGGGUGAUGCGCGGUGGCAGCGCGGCCGCCGCGGCGCCGUAA